UAUAAAUGGCGAAGGUUUCCUAAUCGCUUCAUACAAUCGUGGAGAAUCAAUCGAGUUCACAGUUUAGUAACGUGCCAUCAUGAGUGGUUCCCGGUUAUUCGCUGCGAUCGCGGUGAUCGCUUUUAUUUCUGUUGUCCGUGCGGCACCGCAAGAAAUAAUAGAAGCACUGCUCCGGUACAAACAGCAAUGCAUUGACUUGAGUGGAUCGGACGAGGGAUACACCCAAACCUUGGUUGCUAUUCCCGAAAUGAAAAUCUGUAUAUUGAACAAAGUUGAUGUCUUGGAGAUUCAACAAGACGUGACAUCGAUUUCGGAAUCGAAAUCAGAUCGGAAGAUGUUUUUCGAUAAAUAUUGUCCGCAAUUCAACGAGUCGGUUAGCUGUUUCGAUGAUCUUUUUGAAAGUGUAGCCAAGUGUAUAGGAGAGGAUUCCGACCAGAUUGUUCCGGUUUUCAGAGAUGUGGCCUAUGGCGUUGUAGAACUUAUAUGCGAAAAUGAUGGACAGUUCUUGCUGGAUGCGCAGAAACCUGAAUUUAAGGAUUGUCUAGUGCAACUCAGAGAGAGUGUCCAGGAGUGUAGGCUAACGAACAUGACCCAUUCUGUUUCUCUGAUACACUACGGCGAAGAACAGUGCCGAGAGGUGGAAACUUCAAGAGAAUGUGUCAAACAAAAGGUGGACGAGUGUAACGCUCCUGCGGUGUACAAUAUUUUCGAAAUUCUGUUCAACAGAAUAAUGAAGUGGACGAACUGCCAUCAGUACAACAAAGUCGUUGAGCUCUACAAUAACAACGUUGAUGGCGCUAACUAAUCUUGGAAGCUGCAAAGAAAUUUGUCGCGAAUAA